AGUUGAAUCCAGUUGGCGGACUAGUUUGCCGAAAGCAUGGCUCCUGUCUCCGUUAAAGAUGUAGAUGGACACAUAUACGUCAAAGCCUUGGCGCAGUUUCUGAAGAAAACCGGUAAGGUAAGGCUACCUGAUUGGACGGACGUGGUGAAACUAUCAUCUGCCAACCAGUUAGCACCAUAUAACCCUGACUGGUUUUAUAUUCGAUGUGCCGCUAUCCUUCGGCAUUUAUACAUCAGGCCAACUGGCUUGACAGGCUUAAGCAAAGCAUUCUCUAGAAAGAAGCGCAAUGGCGUCAAACCAUCCCAUCGUUCCCUAGCACAUUGCUCAGUUAUAAGGAAAGCUAUUCAACAAAUGGAGGCACUCGGAAUGUGUCAGAAACGUGAAAAUGGCGGGAGGUCUCUUACAUCGACUGGAAGGCGCGAUUUGGACCGCCUGGCAUAUCAAAUUCUGAAGGAGCGUCAUUAAUCCAUGAAAUAUAAUGUUAUGGUUUAAUAAUGUUUUCUUUAAGACGAUUCGUCAUGUAAGACAAUAUCAAUGUAGAUGUCACAAGAUGAUGUUUUUUCAACA